CAGAUGAUUCACGCCAUGGGCCUAUACUUCCACGAAAACCACUUUCAAUGCAUCAAGUGCGAGCGUGAGCUGGCCGACCUUUCCUUUCAUUCCAGCAAGGGCAUGCCAUUUUGCGACCGUUGCCAUGCUGAGGAAAACGCCAGCAAAUGCUACACCUGUUCCCAACCCAUCAUGAGUUCUGCCCUCAUGGCUUUGGGCAAGAAUUACCACCCCAGCUGCUUUGUCUGCAAGUCAUGCAAGAAGGAAUUCGGCAAUGACAGCUUCUUUCCCAUCGGUAACGAGCCCUUUUGUGAGGCGUGUCAUUCCGAUACUUUGGCCCCCUGCAAGGGGUGCGGCAAGGCGGUCUCGGGCGUCGUCAUAUCAGCUGUCGGUGGUAGCUGGCACGAGGAUUGUUUUGUGUGCGGCACAUGCAAGAAUCCUUUUCCUAAUCAAGAGUUUUUCGAGCUGGAUGAUGUGCCGUACUGCAAGCAACAUUUCCAUGAGAAACGCGGCACAAUUUGUAACGGCUGCAUGGGGCCCAUCGAGGGCCAAUACAUCAAUGCACUCGAUGCCAAAUGGCAUGUCGAGCACUUUACGUGUGCAUUGUGCAUGGCAGCGCUGGCCAAUACCCGGUUUCGUGAGAGAAAUGCUUCGGCUUAUUGUCAACCAUGCUACGUGAAAAUGUUCGGCUGAGUUCCAUCACGUCGAAAAGAAAAAGCAAGAAGGGAGGGGGGCGCAGUGGGUUUGGGAUACCACCAGCGCGCCUCAAGUCCCUAGGAUGGGUUACCCCUGCCAGACAUACGUUGGCUGAGAUGGUGAUAGUAGUCAUGGGCUUGGGCUUCGUGUGGGAUGAUACUUAAUCGAUCUGGCUCUUUC